AUGAAGGCAGCUUGCUGGUUCCUGGCAAUUUUUUAUGUGCUUGCCUGCUACAGGGCUGAAGAAGGACUGGACUUCCCUACCUAUGAUGGGAAAGAUCGUGUGGUUGACUUGAGUGAGAAAAACUACAAGCAGGCCUUAAAGAAGUACGAUAUGUUUGGUGUGCUGCUCCAUGAACCAGUGACUUCCGACAAAAGCUCUCAAAGACGGUUUCAAAUGACUGAGAUGGUGCUUGAGCUUGCUGCACAGGUCCUAGAGGAGAAAGGCAUUGCUUUUGGAUUAUUGGAUUCUAAGAAAGAUGCAAAGCUUGCAAAAAAACUAGGUUUGGAUGAAGAAGGAAGCUUAUAUAUCUUUAAGGAGGAUCAUGUAAUAGAGUUUGAUGGGCAAAUGUCAGCAGAUGUCUUGGUUGAAUUCCUGUUGGAUCUGAUGGAAGAUCCUGUAGAAAUCAUUAACAACAAACUGGAACUUCAGGCCUUUGACCACAUGGAGGAGGAAAUCAAACUUAUUGGCUACUUCAAAGGAGAAGAUUCAGAAUAUUACAAAGCAUUUGAAGAGGCAGCUGAACAUUUCCAGCCUUAUGUUAGGUUCUUUGCCACAUUUGACAAAGGGGUGGCCAAGAAAUUGGGCCUAAAGCUAAAUGAGGUGGAUUUCUAUGAACCAUUUAUGGAUGAUCCCAUCCGUGUUCCUGACAAGCCAUAUACUGAAGAAGAAUUGGUUGAGUUUGUGAAUGAGCACAAAAGAAGCACACUGCGCAAGUUGCAACCUGAAGACAUGUUUGAGAUCUGGGAGGACGAUCUAGAUGGAAUUCACAUUGUGGCAUUUGCUGAAAAAGAUGAUCCAGAUGGCUUCGAAUUCCUGGAAAUUGUCAAACAGGUUGCCAAAGACAACACUGAUAAUCCUGAUCUAAGCAUUGUCUGGAUUGAUCCUGAUGAUUUUCCUCUGCUGAUCACAUACUGGGAAAAGACAUUCAAGAUUGACCUGUUCAAGCCACAAAUUGGUGUGGUAAAUGUCACCGAUGCUGACAGUGUCUGGAUGGACAUCAGGGAUGAUGAUGAACUCCCUACAGUUGAGGAAUUAGAAGAUUGGAUAGAAGAUGUGCUUUCCAGCAAAAUAAACACAGAAGAUGAUGAUGAUGAUGACGACGACGACGACGACGACGAUGAUGAUUAGGUUAUAGCUCAUCGUAUACUGUACACUAAAAUCUGUGUGCCUCAAAAUACUAUGCCUUAAAGUGUUUCCCAUCUAAAGGGAAAAUACUGUUCUUUUUGACUUCUAAGGGCCAUUGAAAAUUCAUAGUCUUGAUCUCUUUUAUUUGUUCCUCUUCCCAAAUACUAUCUUCCCCCUUCUGGCUUCUACAAUGUGUACACUAUACCUACAGUAAGUCAGAAAUUAUUAUUUUUUAAAUUGUGUAAGCUAAGCAUUUAUGGUCUCUGCAGGAAACUUUAAAUUUAUGGAUAUGUUCACUCAUAACAAUAAGAGAAAAUACAGGAUUAUAUAAUAGUUCAUGAGUUACCAAGGACAUUUCUGUGCUACACUACUCCCAACAGAAUGGCUUGCCAAAUCAAAGUGUAGAAAAUGGAAAUAGUGAAGAGCAAUAGACCUUUUCUCCCUGUUCUUCUAUCGCUUGGGAUUAUGGGCUCAUGUUUUCUCCACCUCCCUACCACAGCUUGCAUGGGCAUGCAAGCUAUUUGUGGAGGACAUGUCCUCUACAAUGGAAUUUCAGUCUUUGAGUCAAACUGCUACUGAGUUGAUUGUAGUAGAUCAAAGUGAUACAGCAGGACUGUGUAUCAGGAGAAGAUAGAACAAUCCCUCCUCCAUUCAAACAUUCUGUGUCAAUCACCAAAAGUGGUGAUUGCAGGACUUCAAAUAGCCCAUUGCAGAAUUUUCCCCUCUCUUCCAAUUAUGGGGUGCUUUGUGACUCCAUGGCCACUUUUGCUUUGGUGGCCAGGGAGAAUAGAGCCUUACCCAGCAGCCAGUUACUUCUACCAGUUGUAUCUGAUAAGAAUAGCAGCCUUUGGAAUGUAAUGCAUGUGGUGGCUAUUCCUAUUGGUAAUCCCCGUUGCUUAUCCCAUGGGCUGCCACUCUCGGUUCCCUGAUCCAUAAUAGCCUGCCUCCUUCCCUGCUGUAGUUGUACUGCUGCUAUCAGAGGUCUCCACUGUUGGCCUGAGAAAUCAGUUAGCAAAAGGAAGAGAAGCAGGGAAGGCAAGAGAUCUGCAUAUGGAGGGGUGGGAUAAAGUAGCAGACAGAAUCCUUUUCCUCUUUCCUGCUUCUUCCUUCCUCGACAGCAGCAGAAGAAAUUAUCCCCCAAAUUUGAUGGUCUCAUUUCUGAGAUUCAGUAAGAGGAAUCUUGUGUGGUGGCAUUUUCCCAGUGGCAUACUUUCUUGGAGACUUGAGGAAAAAACAUGGCGGGGGAUGUGGGGAAGAGUCCAGUUGGCUUUCUUUUGGAAUGAGUUGCAUCUAUUCCCCAUACAGGUCUAGGAAAAUUCACCACAGCCAACUUGCCAUGGCCAUCUCACCACAGCCAUCUCGCCAUAGCCAUCUCGAUGCAGCCAUCUCACCAUGGGACAACUCACCAAGACCAAUUUGCCAUGGGACAACUCACCAUGGACAAUUCAAGGCGGAUAACUCAGUGUGAUAAAUGUUAUUUGCCAUUGUUUCUUUGACAUUAUUUCUAUUGACAAAAAUGGAAAUAAUGCUGAAGAAACAGUGGUAGAUAACAUUUAUUGUGUUAUCCCAACUCACCAUGAGUUGUCUCAUGGUGAGUUGUCCAUGAUGAGAUGGCCAUGGCAUGUUGGCUGUGAUGACAUGGCCGUGGUGAGAUGGCUGCAGAGAGAUGGCUGGGGUGAAUUGUCCCGUUCUGCUUCAGACACCAGAAGAACUGAGAAUCACCAGUAGUGACUGAUAUUGAAUUUGCUCGGUUCAGGAUAUAUAUUUCCCGUACUUUGUAAUGCUUAUGUUUUAUUUUUGGAUGCUGCCCAACUGAAAUUAAAAAGAAAUUUUGAUUAGACUGAU